AUGAAGUGGAUUUACCCUCCUGUAAUUUAAUUAUAAAUCAUAAAAAAACAAAUGAAAAAAACUCAGAAAAAAACCGAGGUGAUAUAGAAAUAAUUUGGAUUUCCUCGAAAUAUGCGUGAAACCAAGUGCGCCCUAUUGCGAAGUGUUCACAUAUAAUGGGUGAUAAUUACCGGCGCUUCACUUUCGGACGGCAUUUUGAAUUUUGCAGAGUCUACAUCUUGUUCUAUAUCUUUUAUGAUGAAUAUUUUUUCUUAGGUUAAGAAUUUUAUCAGUUGGCUCUUAUCUUGUUAGUUGACCUUGUCUGAUCGUUGAUUGCUUCUUCAAGCCAAAGUUGUUCCGCCAAAGAGCCUUUUCUCCGUUAUACCGCCCACCAACUUCGUUUUUUUUUUCUCGCCAGUGGACAGAAUCGUUUCCCAGUCACUAUCUUUUCCCAUCGCUGACUUUUCAUGCUUUUUCUACUUCUCUCAACCUUCUUCGCCCUGUUCUUGUUUCACCACUUGUACUGGAAACGAAGGAACUUGCCGCCAGGUAAGUAAUUUUCUUUUCUCCCUUUUCGAGAUAUUCAUAUUGGACUUUUAAAUCCGGAAAAAACAGUCGUUUUGAAGAAAGCUACUCUUGUUUUUGAAAUUACGUGAUGACUAAAUUAAAAAAAAGAAAAAAAGAAACACUAAUCAACUGAUUUUUUUAUGAAAAUAUUUUUUUCAACCUAGUAAAGUAUUUUCUUUAUUUCAAAAAUUUCAGUUUUUUUAGUCUUUGAAAUCUUUAAUAUCAAUUUCCCUGCAGCCUUUAUUUUUUUGCCAAGAAAGUUUUCUAUGUCGUUCCGCUUCCCUAAUUUUUUGAUUGGAAACGAAAACUGGAAGGAGCAUUAGUGUUUGUUUUUCUACUUUUUUUCUCUUCUUUCACAAAAUAUAUUUCUUUGCGUCGGUAACUGUUCAAAUAGAGUUUUCUGUUGGGGGUCGCCCUCAAAAAAACUUCCAAACGUUCUUUUGGGAAAAUUUUUCAGAAAAGUGAGAAAAAAAUUUCAAAAAUACAAAGGAAAAAGUGAGCAAAUAAAGACAGACUACAAGGGGAGAAAAUUUUUUUUGAAAUUUCAAGUUCUCACUUUUUCGGUCUGGAGUCUAGAGUGCAAUUUUUCAACAGUUGAGCUUUUUCAACUAAUCAAUUAAAUAUUUUUCUGAGCUGGAGUUUAAAAAAAUUAUUAAAAAAAUUCAGGUCCAACUCCAAUCCCUUUCAUUGGCAACCUCAUUGAGGUCGCCAGAAAUGAACCCUGGCUACCAGGCUUUCACCAAUUGGCGCAAGCAAUAUGGACCAAUUUUCACCUAUUGGAUGGGUCUGAAAAGUAUUUUAAAAAAGUUUUAUAAUGCUUUUAUUUUAAGGUCCAUUUCCAUUUAUCGUAAUUUCCGAGUACGAACGUCUGAAGGAGACUUUUAUCAAAGAUCCGGACACUUAUACCGGCAAAUUCGUUGUGGAAGAAACGACGGACCUUUUUCGAGGUUGGAAAAUUUUUGGAAAUGUUAGAGAACUUCUAGUUGAGUCACAGCAGAUUUUCAGCUUUUCACAACGAUUUCAGACCUUUUCAAGUUUCUUAGAAAGCUUUUGUGAAGUAACUUUGAUAUAAAUUUUUUUGAAGUGGAUUUCGGAGUUGCAAAUUUGAACCUUUUUACAACAUUUGAAGUUUACAUUCAAAGUACGGCAUUUUUCGUUUUUGAGUUUUUUUAAAAUUUUCAAAGAAUCUCCCAUCAUUCGAAUGUAUAAAAAAAGAAGUGCCAUUCAAAUCAAUUUUUAACAACACAAGUUUUUUUUUCAAUAACUGUGUUUCACUACACUUGUUUACGUUCCGAAUCCAUUCUCUUCGUAUAAUUAUCAACUGAUAAGAAAGAAGAUUGACACUAAAAAGCGGUUAUCAUUAGCCAUAUCAGUGAUUUUAUUUUGCUUGCUGAUGAUAAUAAUUUUUGGCCAGUUGUAAAAGUACAAAUCGAACUUGAGAAUUGGAGAAACAUGUUCUAGAACGAAGAAUUCUUCGUAGAGUUUCAUGAAGAAAUUCAAAAAAUUUAAUGCUUUUUGAUCAAAAAUGAACGAACCAGGAGGAGUAUAUGGCGUUAUCGACACGACUGGCGAUACUUGGAGGGAACAUCGAAGGUUCAUUAUGCAUCAGUUGAGAGAUUUCGGCGUCGGAAGAGAUUUGAUGCAGUCAAAAGUGAAAGAAUCCUAAAAAUGAUACUCUAAGUUGAAAAUUUUAAGAUUUUAUUGGAAAUGUCGUUCCUCGCAAAAGACAUUGACAAUCGUCACGGCGACGAGGUCAAAGUUCAGGUAUCCGAAAAAAAUAUGGAAAAUCGUUAGAUUUUUUUCUGAAAUUUCGGGUCCAAACAAUCUAGAUAUCAGUUUAUAAGGAGAAUGAAAAAGACUCGAGUCGUUUUUUUUGGCAGUUUUACUUCAUAGUUUUUGAUAGAACUAAACAUUAGAGAUCUUAUAAGCUGUUUUUGAACGACCUUAAAAUUUUUUUAACUCGAAAAAAUAUAGUUUAAAAAAAUCAGCAAGGAAUGAACAUUUUUUUGACAGGAAAUGUUCGACAUUGCCGUUGGCAGUGUGAUCAACCAGUUUCUCUUCGGUUAUCGAUUCGAUGAGGUACAGGAAAACUUGGGGAUUCAUUCAACAUUUUUUUUUGAAGGAAAGAUUACCAGAAUUUCGGCAAUUGAAAGCGUUGGUAGCGCUUCAAAUGAAGAAGGCUAGUGAGCCAAAAGCCGCUUUCGCAUUGAGCUUUUCCUGGACCAAGUAUAUUUCGAUUGGAAAGGAGUUCAGAGAUUUGUUAGUUUAAACACUCUGAAGAGGAUGAUCGACAUUUUUACAGGCUCAUCAAUAAUCGAGACCAGUUUUGGGCAUUUUUCCAACGGCAGGUCGAUGAACACAAGAAAGAGAUUGAUUUUGAGCAAGACGAGAGCAAAGAUUACGUUGAAGCUUAUUUGAAAGAGCAGAGAAAGAGAAAGGCUCCGGUUGGCGAGAAGGAGAUUUUCAGGUUAGGAAAACUGUAAAAGUUAAAAAUUUCUCAUUGAACGUCUAGUUAAGCUACUCAGUACUUCUCCGAGGUUAUUUUUAAGUUUUAGAAUCCAUCUUCUGGGCCUUUAAAUUCAAUUUCCAAAAGAUUCCUGUCGUUUUUUUACCUAGAUUUUUGUUAUUAAAAUGCUCAAAAAACUGAGUUUUCAUUGAAAAAACCACGUUGAUCUAUCAAAUUGCAGUCAUUUUUCAGUAAUGAAAACUUGAUGAACAUUCUUUUGGAUCUUUGGUUUGCCGGACUUGAAACGACUUCCAACACUUUGACCUGGGCCAUUGCUUUUUCUUUUAAAUAAUCCCGAAGUUCAGGUAAAAAUUGAAUCAUUUUAUCAUGUUUUAAAAUCGAUUAAUUUCUUUAUUUUUCAGGAAGAAAUCCAUGA